GAGGAAAGAGAUCAGAGAAAUUGGAGUUCUGGAGGCAAGGAGAGUUGCGGGACGGCGGUCUGGGUUUGUUUCCGGAGGGAGACGGCGGUCUGGGACGGCGAGACCGCCGUCUGGGUUUUGUUGCACACUGGGACGGCGUUCUGGAGCCUCCAGACGGCGUUCUGGGUUUUUGGGUGCACCGAGACGGCGUUCCGGAUGGCCCAGACGGCGUUCCCGAAUUUCGGAUGA